UUCCAUUCCAACCUCAGAGUGAGCAGUGUUUCUCCUUGUCCUUCCUCCCUACCAAGAGUUUCCUGGGUCUUCCCCAAAGCCAAGAUGAAAGUCUUCUUCAGCCUGAUCCUCUUCUCUUUCAUGCUGGCUACAUGUCAAGGAGCAUGCUUUCUGGAUACCUUUAAAUUGGAGUUUAAAGAUGGGGCGGUCUUGGUUCUUGUAUAAAUUGGAGGAUCAGAUUCCUUUCUGGCCUGAGACAAGUGCUGCUCCUUGUCCACCCUCGCUACCAAGAGUUUCCUUGGUCUCCCCCAAAGCCAAGAUGAAAGUCUUCUUCAGCCUGAUCAUCUUCUCUCUCGUGCUAGCUUCAUGUCAAGGAGCAUGCUUUAGUGCUCCCUUUGCAGUUGAGUUUAAAAAUGGUACAGUUGUAUUCUCAAGCACAUGUCUCGAUAGAUUUGAUGGGAGAAAGCAUCUCAUUGGGUCCACUUGGAACACAGCUCAUUGUUUUAAAUGCGAGUGCACCAAAUUUGGAAUGGAUUGCUGCCACAGGUAUGGUGGUCGUGCAGGUAGGCAAGGUUGCAAAGCAGUGGUAAAUCCUGUGACAUGUGAAUAUGAAUUCUAUAGACUUGAUGACCCAUCGCAGCGCUGUGGUGGCUGAUCUCUUUGCAUGGAUGAACAGAACUAAAUCUCUCAUGUUCAAAUGAAUCUGAAUAAAUCUCUCAUAUCAGCAUCUAAA